UUUGUCUACAAUAGCGGUUCUUUAUUGAAUAAUACACAAAAUUUAGUUACAAACCUCAACUUGUGAGAUAUCUGGGGCAUUCAAAUGCGUCCUUCCAAUAUGAAAUAAGAAGGCUUUCUGUAACAGUAACAUAAAGAAUAAUUGCAACAUAAGAUAGUACAAAUGACAGCUAAUAGCUGUUUAAAUUCGAUAACAGUUUAUGAGCAAUCGAAACCCGAACUAAGAGCAAAACAAUAUGGAAACUGGUGCAUUUAAAUAAAUGCAUGAAACUGUGGAUAAUCGCUGCAGUGAUUAAGGUAUAAUAAUUAAAAUGAUAAAUACAAUGAUAAGUACAAUAAACGUUAUAAGUAUAUGUGAACAUUUCAGAAUAUUACACUACAACUUGCGUUACAACAUAAGUGUAAAAAGUGUUGGGAAUACAACUGCUUACUGAAUGUGAAUAAGUAGUAUAAAACAAUACACAAAGGAGUGGAAAGGGUGAGAGUAGGAACAAUGUGCGAAAAACUUAACAAGUAUUAAAUAAACACAAACGAACAUAUUGUAUUUAGAAUUCGAAUUCAAGGAGUCAUCAAAUACAAAAGAAUCAUUAGUUGAUACAAAUAUCAUAGUGAUUUUAUUUAUUUCAUAUUAUUUUACAAUCAUAAAUUGAGAUAAGACUUAUAAAAAACCGAACAAUGUGCUUUUGAUAAUAAUAUUAUUAACUAUGUUGUUUAUUGAACGUGUUGUAGAUGACAAAAGGCCAUAAACGUUUCUAUACUGUAGCGGUAACUAAAUCCCCAAACUAAAUAGCUCUGUAGGUUUUCGACAUUGGAUGCUGACCAUAUGUUUUAGUGGACUCAUCUAGCUGAAGGCGCUCGGUCAUGCAUCCGCACCAGAUCACGUGCUGUCACGCUGUGCUCAACAUCAACCACAAUCACUAGCCAGAUUAGAUCAGAGAUUCCCGAUAUAUUGGUUAUCGCCAAAUACACUCUUCCGAUCUCCUCGACUCUGUCUUUUGAUUUCUCUCGGUGGGAACAAAGCAUAUUAGAAGGUGUUACUGGUAGAAGCGUUGUCAAACACUGAAUACCUGUAUCAUCCUCAUUGGUGAGACCGUCGUGAUCUGGUACACCUAAUUGCAACUGUGAGUCUGUUCCUUUUUGGGAUUUUUUUAUAUAUUAUUACCUUAAUUUUUUUUAAACAUUGUGAUUUUUUUCGUGUUUUUCCUUGGAUAUAUAUAUAUUUUUUCCCCUCGUUCAUUAUCGUACUUCAUAUUUCAUCAUGGCUGAACAGACACCCAAAAUACUCAAGCUUAAGACUUUGUCCCCGCCUUCGUUUCAACUCAUGUCUUUCUGGCCCGACAAUAUCGAAGCCUGGUUCUGCUACGCAGAAGCUGACUUCUCCGAGCACGGCGUGAUCGACACACGUGCACAAUUCCUCGCAGUAGUCAAGGCACUACCGCGCGAAUUCAACAGGUACGUAACAGCUAGUAUGUUUACUAGUGAUGUUUUCGAUCCUUACGAAAUCUUGAAACGUUCGAUUCUUAAACGAGGAGACCUAACCGAUCGACAAAGGUUAGAUCAACUCUUCAAUAACAUCGACCUGCAACACGGUUCUGCGACUGACAUGUUGCAACGAAUGAGAGAAGUGCUAGGCCUAAGAACUUUCGACGAAGGUCUAUUUAAACAACUUUUCUUGUCUAAACUUCCUCAACAGGUGCAAGCGGUUCUGGUCUCGUUUCAGAACAACGCCUUAGACGAGCUAGCUGCAUCUGCCGAUCGUAUUUUAGAAAUAACGAAAUCGUCUACUUCAGAGGUAUUUUCAGUCAAAGAAAACCUCACACGACUCAGAAUGACAUAACCGAAUUAUGUCAUACACUCACGCGUUAUCUUAAUCUUCGUAACGACCGUAGUCGCUCACGCAGUCCACGUAGAAGCAUUUCGCGUAAACGAUCUGUCUCUAGACCACGAGAGACGGAUAACCCUGACUGGUGCUAGUAUCAUAACCAGUAUGGAAAAUCUUCCAGAAAUUGCAAAAAACCCUGCAAUUUCCCCAACACGAAAACGACUGACUCGAAAAACAACUCGGGAAACUUCUAAGCCGGCACGCGUUAACGGCAACCGUAGCCGGCGAACAUAGCCGUCUGUUGUACGUCACAGAUGUGACAACGAGAGUUCGCUACCUCGUCGACACUGGCGCAGAAGUUAGCGUUCUCCCAGCAAAUCAUAACGACCGGCUCCACGAAUCAACUCUAAACUUACAGGCGGCAAAUGGAAAACCGAUCGCCACGUAUGGCAAAAGGUACAUCUACCUGAACGUGGGUUUACGCAAACCCAUUCAUUGGAUUUUCGUUGUUGCAGAUGUUUCUAUGCCAAUCAUUGGUAUGGAUCUUCUACAACACCAUAAUCUAAUCAUCGACACGCGCAAACGGAGGCUAGUAGAUGGAAACACUAAUUUAUCCGUUUGUGUAACUUCUUUUUCUGGUUGUAGAUUAUCCCCAGUCACAGUUAAGCAUAUGAUAGACCCACUCUAUCAACCACUACUCGACAAGUACCCUGGGAUACAGAAAACUCAACCGAAACUACCGUGUGUAACCAGCAAUGUUACACAUCACAUCACGACUACAGGACCACCUGUAUUCUCCAAAGCACGACGACUAGCUCCGGAAAAGCUGAGGUUAGCGAAAAACGAAUUCGAUCACAUGAUAGACUUAGGAAUCAUACGACCGUCAAACAGCCCAUAUGCAUCUCCGUUGCACAUGGUCCCUAAAAAGGACAGCAACGAUUGGCGUCCAACUGGUGACUAUCGGCGAUUGAAUGCAAAAACCAUUCCCGAUCGUUACCCGUUGCCUCACAUUCACGAUUUGACAGCUACCUUGAAAGGUACAACUGUCUUUUCGAAAAUCGACUUGGUUAAAGCGUAUAACCAAAUCCCUAUGGCUACUAACGACAUACCGAAAACAGCUAUCAUAACUCCUUUCGGACUCUAUGAAUUUUUGCGAAUGCCGUUCGGUCUAAGAAACGCUGCGCAAACAUUCCAAAGAUUCAUAGACGACGUCUUUCGAGGUCUCAACUUCGUACAUGAGUAUGUUGAUGACUGCCUAAUCGCAAGUCUGGACAGAGAAUCACAUCUCAAGCAUCUGGAUCUUGUUUUCGAACGAUUACAAAAACAUGGCAUUACUGUAAACGUUCAGAAAUGCCAAUUCGGAACCGACUCGUUAGAUUUCCUAGGACACACUAUCGAUGCUCAAGGCAUUCGACCUCUUAGGACCAAAGUGGCGGCCAUUCUGGAUUACCCAGAACCGACCAACGUCAAGCAAUUACGCACGUUUAACGACCUGGUAAGUUUCUAUAGACGCUUCAUACCGAAAUGCGCAUUACUUAUGAAACCUCUUACUGACCAACUUCGUGGAAAUGCGAAAUCCAUUAAUUUGGACGACACCGCACUAAAAGCAUUCUCCACAGUUAAGGAACUGAUCGCUAAAGCAACAAUGCUCGCACAUCAGGACACUGAAGCACCCAUUAGUAUCGCAGUAGACGCAUCCAACUCGGCAAUCGGAAGAGUCUUACAACAAUGGGUUAACAAAUCCUGGCAACCCUUGGCAUUUUUCUCUAGACGGUUGCUAGACACCGAAUCGAGAUACAGCACAUUCGGUAGGGAACUCCUAGCUAUGUAUUGUGCUGUAUGGCAUUUUCAACACUAUAUCGAAGGCCGUGAAUUCACUCUAUUCACUGACCAUAAACCGCUCACUUUCUCGUUAAGCUACUCUUCAGACAAGUACUCUCCCCGUGAGUCUCGACAACUGGACUACAUUUCGCAGUUUACUUCAGAUAUUCAACAUAUUUCUGGAGCAAACAAUGUAGUUGCAGACGCCUUGUCUCGAAUAAAUUCCUUGAACAGUUUCCAAGUAAUCGACCUUCUUAAACUCGCCCAGCUUCAAAAAAAAGACACUGAUCUUCAGCAAGAGUUAUCGUCCACAACCCUUAAACUACGCAUCAAACAGAUGGGAACAGGUAAGGAAACCUUACUUUGUGACACAUCUACAGGUAGAGAUCGCCCAAUCUUCCCGAAACAUUAUCGACGCAAUGUCUUCAACACAUUGCACAAACUUUCUCAUCCAGGUGUUCGUGCAACCAUCAAGCUAAUAGCAGAACGGUUUUGCUGGCCUGGUAUGAAUAAAGACGUGAGGGAGUGGGCACGCUCCUGUGUAAGCUGCCAAAAAUCUAAGGUCAUCAGACACAAUAAAUGUCCCUUAGGCUCAUUUAAAACUCCCGAUGCUCGUUUCGACCAUGUUCAUAUGGAUUUGGUAGGACCUUUACCAGAUUCAAAUGGAUACUCUUACCUCUUAACCUGUGUAGAUCGUUUCACCCGAUGGCCAGAAGCAGUACCUAUCAAGGACAUCACUGCUGAAACAGUGGCCCGCACCUUCGUCGAACGAUGGGUAGCAAACUUCGGUUGCCCUUCAACCAUCACUACAGACCGCGGACGUCAGUUUGAGUCUGAACUUUUCCGUCGUCUGACCACACUAUUAGGAAGCACUCGCUUCCGAACGACCGCCUACCACCCACAAGCAAACGGGUUGGUAGAACGCUUUCACCGACAACUAAAAGCUUCACUAUCAGCUGCAAACGUUUCACAGUGGACCGACGCUCUUCCACUCGUCUUACUAGGUAUCCGCAAUGCAGUGAAAGCUGACAUUGGAUACACCGCAGGUCAACUCGUUUAUGGAACGACACUUCGACUUCUAGGAGAAUUCGUGGAUCCUUCAUCCUCUUCAAUGAGCAUGGAUCUAACCUCCUACACGAACAGGCUUACAAACGCUAUGCGUUCAGUUAAACCUGCUUCCACUCGACCACAGUCAACCUAUGUUUUCGUUCAACCUGACUUACGAUAUAGUACACACGUUUUCGUUCGUCGAGACUCGCAUCGACGACCUUUCGAAUCGACAUACGAAGGACCUUUCAAAGUUCUUCAACGCGAACCGAAGUACUAUAUAAUCGAUAAGAACGGUACCAACGAUAGCAUCAGCAUCGAUCGCCUCAAAGUAGCGUAUUUAGAAGGAAAUCCUAUCUACGUGGAUUUUCCUUCGGUACAAUUGAACAACACGACUCCGACACGUAUAAUGCCUCAUCAGACAACCAACAAACACGAUGAUAUUUCGACAGUAUCCGAAAAUAAACUUAAAACGACGCGUUCUGGAAGAAGAGUGAGAUUUCCAGAACAUUUAAACGACUAUUGCACGUAAGGCACUUCUCGACAUUUUCUAUAUUAUUAAAAAAGUAAAUUUUUUUUAAUGGGCUUAUAUAUUUUCAUUUCUAUUUCAAAAAAAAAAGAAAACGAUUUUUUUAACGCUGUUACGUGUUCAUGAGUUUAUUUUUCCUUUUUUACGCACAUACGAGUGUAUUUUCGACAUGCACUUACAUUUUCUUUCUUCUUUUCCAGGACGGCUGGAAAACAACGAUGACGUUUAUGAGGAUCCGAAAUGUUCAUUGUACAUUUUCUUUUUUUACUAUGUUGUACCCCCGGUCCCAUAUAGUAAGGAAAGACGGCCAGACGCUGAUAAAUUCAGUAAGCUAUCAGAAAAGUGUUUACCAACGACAAACUCGUUGGGUUUAAACUUCUGGCUGGCCACGUCUUAGGGUCAUCACUGCCCCACUAGGGGGGAGUGAUCUGUAGCGGUAACUAAAUCCCCAAACUAAAUAGCUCUGUAGGUUUUCGACAUUGGAUGCUGACCAUAUGUUUUAGUGGACUCAUCUAGCUGAAGGCGCUCGGUCAUGCAUCCGCACCAGAUCACGUGCUGUCACGCUGUGCUCAACAUCAACCGCAAUCACUAGCCAGAUUAGAUCAGAGAUUCCCGAUAUAUUGGUUAUCGCCAAAUACACUCUUCCGAUCUCCUCGACUCUGUCUUUUGAUUUCUCUCGGUGGGAACAAAGCAUAUUAGAAGGUGUUACUGGUAGAAGCGUUGUCAAACACUGAAUACCUGUAUCAUCCUCAAUACCAACCCCCUGGAUUUCAUUGGAGAAUUCAGGCUUUAUAUUAAUUAACAGUACACACUCUUUCCUAGCUGCGUGUUUUAGCGACUGCAGACCUGUCAACUAUUUAGAAAAUCUUGAACGUCUCGCUUGUGAUACGACCACCAAUAUCUAAUCCACAUGCCUGAACAUUUUGUUUCAUUACGGCUCCUUAUGGUCUAGUGGGAUGUAUUGAUGCUGAUUUAUCAUGCAGAAAACCUCAUUAAAUCGUGUUUGGAACGUUGAAUUGGUUUACUUCCUACCCAGUAAUCCUAUUACAAGCAAACUAGACAAUUCACUAAAAUACGAAGCCUACAGAAGACCCAAUAAAAACAAUUAAAAAACUUAUAUAAAAUGGCUCCAAUAGCUUUUAAAAAAGGAAGAUAGCCAACAGUAUAUCACAAUACUGUUUUUAGAACUACACAUGAUGCCACACUCAGCUCCUUUCUAAACCACCUUCGUUUGUCAGCUGUUUAUUCACUCAUACAUUUCCCACACUUGUCUUCUUUAACCUAUUAGAAUGAUCCUGCUUAGUAAAUACUAUAAUAAAAUAGAAUUAGACUGAGUAGCUAUACCUUAAAUUUUCUUUCAUGAACAUUGACUGCUCUGGCUCACGUCAUUUAUUUUGCUAGCUCCCUUUUACAGCCCCCUUGAGAUAUGGCACGGGUGACUUCAUGCUGCACCAUCCUUAAAGCCUCGGAUUUUCCAUAGUGAUAUAAAGUUGCGAUUUCUAGAAGCUCCCACUUUCAAUAGAUUUAUCUUUGACCAUCGGUUGCAUGUCGCAACGCCACUUUCAUGAAGCGCGCCAACUGUU